AUGCCAGAGAGUGCAGCCUAUAUAACAAAUGGAGACACAAAUCUAAGGAGCAUGAUGAAUGCUCUGGGCUACAGUGAAUCACUCGAAAAAUUGGGACAAUUGAAGCGUCCAGGGCUCAGAAGGGAAUGGAGCUUUUUCUUCGACUGCAUCACCAGGGCCUUUCAGAAGAAGUCUACCAACUGGGAUGCCAUACCCAUGGACAUGCUGCAGAUUGGGCUUCAUAAAAGGGUGUUCAAGGACCUCAUUUCCAAGGAUGAGAAGUAUCCAAUUCAGAGGCCCCUCCUAAUUCCAGCUCCAGUUAGAGCUAGGAUGGAUUUGCCACCAGUCCAACAACAACAACCACAACAACAACAGCCUCAACCUCCAAUUUCUCCUACAGCCACCAAACAACCCAGAUCCUCUGCAUCCAAGUCUAAAAAGGCUACAAAGUCUGAUGAAAAUCCCUCCACUGUGAAGACCAGAACCUCUGUUGCUACACAAGUUCUGAAGACAAAGUCUGAUAAACCAGCAAACUCUGAUGCUGUAAACACUAAUGCUGUAAACACUGAUGCUGUAAACUCUGAAGCUGCUUCUCCUCCAAAGCAGAAAAGAAGGAGACUGGUUGCAGCCUAUGAUUAUGAUGAUCUUGAACCUACACAUGCAUCAAACUCUGAACCUUCUCCUACAACAAACUCUGAACCUUUACAGGCUAGUCCUCAGCCAAAGACAGCUAGAUUUAAAAGAAGGGCUAACAAGCCUAAGAGGGCAAAGGCUGUUCCAAUCUCUGCUACAGCAUCCUCUACUUCAUCUGAAGUAGAUGAGGAAAUAAUAUGCAAGGAAAAAGCUGAUGCUGAGACAACAGUGUCUGAUUCUCAAAUUCCAGUAUCUGAUCAUGGACCCUCCACUCCAAUUCCUCACUCUCCAUUAAAGUUUCCUGAGGGUGCCAUUAUUCAUGACACAGCUCCAGAAAACUACAAGUCAGAUGCUGUAGUUGAAGAAUCUGACAAGAUAGCAUUGGAAGCCCUGCAGUCCCUUGCUAAGGCUAGUGAAGAGCCUAGCAAAUCAAAAGCUGAAGUUCAAGAAAAAUCUGUUCCAGACCUUGUUGAGAAUGUUGAAGAUCCUGCAUCUGAUGAUGAUAAGGAUGAUGAAAGUUCAGAUGAUGACAAUGAUGAUGAAGAUGAAGUCCCUUUGUCUCAUCUACAACAAAAGUGGGAGUCUACCAGCCAAGGGUCUCAGAACAGAGGUAGCCAGUUUCAAAGAAACUCAAAAUAUGGACAAGAAAAGGCACCUGUUACCUCUAAAGGAAGACAUGAAGAAGCUGGUGUCUGCCAAUGA